UGUAGAUCCGACUACCUUAGCUUUGUACACUGAUAAAACAAAAUAGUGACGGACCCCUUGGCAAAUCGUGGCUACAGGCUCGGAUCUAAUUGAUAGUAGCCAGUGGCACUGAUUUCAUCCUCUAAUAGGCCUCACACUGCUGCAGACACUCCAAAGAGAACGCUAAAGGGGAAUCCCUCACGUGAUGUUGACGGAAGUGCGUAGGGCGUCAAGGAAAACAUAAUUUCUGCACAAUUUAUGUCAUUUUCUCGCAUUAUAUGUCAAGUUGUCUGGGAAUACUAAUGUAAUCAAGGUGUGGUCUGCUAGCCAGUGUCAUGGUGGAACCUAUAUUUGACUAUCAAUUCAGAUUGAUUUUGAUAGGAGAUAGCACAGUUGGGAAAUCAUCACUUUUGAAAUAUUUCUGCGAUGGGAAAUUUACAGACAUUUGCGAUCCCACAGUGGGUGUUGAUUUCUUCGCCAGGCUGGUCGAGGUGAUGCCCGGAGUGAGGGUGAAAUUGCAGCUAUGGGACACUGCUGGACAGGAACGGUUCAGGUCAAUCACUAGGUCAUAUUAUCGUAACAGUGUUGGAGCCAUGCUUCUCUAUGACAUUACAAAACGCAGUACUUUUGAACAUUUAGACGAAUGGCUAGAGGAAGCUAAGAUACACAUAGAGCCGAACAAAGCAGUAUUUAUGCUAGUAGGACAUAAAUCAGACAUGGAGGCUGAACGAGUUGUCUCCACGCGAGAAGGAAGCGCAUUUGCAGACUUUUACGAAAUGAGGUUUAUGGAGACAUCAGCAAAAACUGGUCAAAAUGUUGAAGAUGCUUUUGUGACGAUCGCACGUGAGGUUUAUCAAAUGUUACAGGAGGGGAAACUUCAGCCGGAAGAGGGCUGGGAUGGGAUUAAGAAUGGAUAUAAUCAGAAACGACGGAGGGAGGAGUUUCAGUUGAUGGAAGCGGAGCCUAAAAGUGGCGGUUGUUGUGCAUAG